AUUAUGAUGUGAGAUUAUUAUCUGUAAAUGAUGUAAAAUUAAGCAGAUAGAUGAGUAACACUUUUUUCGUUCUCAAAUAUUUACACCUGAUUAUAAAAUAUUGUAUAAAAAAAUAUCGCUAUCAAUUGCAAGUAUUUAAAACAUUGUUGUUAUAGUAUUGGUAUCUUCUCUUUAAGUGGUUGCAUGUGACACAACUAUGACAAAGAAAGACUAAUCAAACAUUGAUUUCAAGAUUUACAUUCAAACUUGGCUUGAUGCCCGCCCACUCUCCAAUGCAUCCGUUAUACUCCUACUCCCUUUUCUUCCACUCAUUUACUCCAUUCUCCCCUUAGCUCCUCUUCCUCUAAAUCAGCAUGAUUUUAUUAAUUUUACUAUCAAUUUAAUUUUUUUAAAAAAAUCCAGCUAAAAAUCUCCCCUUUUUCACACACGUAAUUUCCCUCCUCAUACUAAUUUCUUUUUUCAAAAAUUAAAUCCAAUUUUAAUUAAUCUAUCUCAUAUAUAAAUACCCAAAAACUACCCAUUUUACUCUAUUUUUUUACACCAUUUCUUCCCCUUCUUUCUUCCUCUUUAUACAAACCCAAAUUCUAAAUUGUAAGUAAUUAAAACUCCAAUACUAUUUAGAUUUUAUUAGAUCUAUACCAUUCUCUAAUCGAGAGUCUCAUUGGUCCCGGUCUCCUUAUCUAAUUUAUCUAAUUUAAUAAGGGUAUAGUCUAUUAUUUUUCAACCUACCUCGUAUUUGAUCAUAGUUUCUAUGUACAAGAUAUAUCGAGUAUAUUGAUGAUGAUGAUCAACUAUCUAUUGUUCUUUAGUCGAGAGUUUCACUGGUCACAAUCUCCUUAUCUAAUUUAAUAAGGAGUUGAUUGAUUCAUAGUUUUUAUAUAAAAUCAAACAAAAUUUAAAUCAUUUGGGUUGAUUGAGGAUGCAAUUUUUCAUUUUCUGGAGAAUAUGACAACGUUGCAGAAGAAGCAGGAAAUUGAUGAAGAAUCUUCAACUAAACCUAAAGAACGCCGUAUUGUUACUUGGACUCAAGAGGAGGAUGAUAUAUUAAGGGAGCAAAUAAGCAUACAUGGGACUGAAAAUUGGACAGUAAUUGCAUCAAAAUUUAAAGAUAAAACGACGAGGCAAUGUAGAAGAAGAUGGUAUACAUAUCUGAAUUCUGAUUUCAAGAAAGGAGGUUGGUCGCCAGAAGAAGAUAUGCUGCUUUGUGAGGCCCAAAAAAUAUUUGGUAAUAGAUGGACUGAAAUAGCUAAGGUGGUUUCUGGGAGGACGGAUAAUGCUGUGAAGAACCGAUUUUCUACCUUGUGCAAGAAGAAAGCAAAACGCGAAGCUUUGGCUAAGGAGAACAACAAUACAUUCAUCAAUAUGAACAAUAAAAGGAUUUUGAUUGAUAGUAAUGGCUUUCAUUCAAAAGCAAUGAUAGACAUUGCAUCACCUCUUAAAAAAUUAAGGAGGGCACACAUACCAAAUCUUGGAGAAAAUUUCAACUCUGGGAAUAUUGGGCUCAAAGAAAGUAUACUAGCAAAGCAACAUCCAAGACCGCCUUUAGCAGUAUUGGCUCAAAAUGUCUGCAAUGUUGAUGGCUCUAAAGUUUUCUCAAUGAAGGACACUUUCAUCAAUGGUGAUAAGAAAUCAGAAGGAGCAUUUCUCAAAAAAGAUGAUCCAAAGGUAGCUGCACUGGUGCAACAAGCAGCCCUACUUAGCUCUCUUGCUGUAAAAGUUAACAUGGAUAACACAAAACAAAGUCUUGAGAAUGCCUGGAAAGUACUCCACAGUUUCUUUGGAAGAAGCAAAGAAAACGAGAAGCAAAGAUAUAAAAAAGAAGACGUAGAUUUACAGCUUAAUGAUCUCGAAGACUUGAUGGAGAAUUCGAGAAGAAGCGAUGAGGUUAUUGACCCAUCUCAAAGGCAACUUGAUGUGUACGAGUCACCAAGUAGCUUUGAGUACAGUACCGGAUCAACUAACUUAUCCGCUUGCGAUCAAGGAGAACAUUCUCUUGCUGAGAUAUCCACGUUUCAUGAGGAUAUCGGAGCAACCUCAAAGUCUACGCAGAUAGCAAGUAACGGCUAUGUUGACAUAACAAACGACAAGCGCAUUCCCUGCCUAACAACAGAUCAAGAGAUUUGUUCCCCGAUUCAAGUAACUCCUAUAUUCAGAUCUCUAGCAUCCGCAGUACCAAGCCCACAGUUUUCGGAAAGUGAAAGGCACUUUCUUUUGAAGACACUCGGGAUAGAUUCUCCUACGCACAACACAAUCAACAAUCCUUUGCAAGCACCGCCUUGCAGAAAGGCGCUUCUGCAAGGCCUUUGAACAGCAACUUUACCCUGAUCACUACUUACAGAUAACAAACAUCCUUACUACUGUUUCCUGUUUUGUCCUGCCCUGCAGCCACAUAGGCCCAAGUUUUUUCGAGAGGCUUUUUGCGAUCUGCACUCCAAAGAUCCUACAUUCGAGAAUGUUGUUUUGUGCCUUACAGACAACACGACAUUCUCUUCAUCAGAUCAACUAUACACGGCCUGCAUUCCCUACAUUCUUUGUUUACUGUUUCGCCCUACAGGUUGCCUGAAGCUUAACCUAAUGGGAAUUAAUUUGUCUAUGAUGUGCGUUAAUUCUUUUGUUUUACGAGGUUUCGAGUUUAAGGUAAUUUGAAUCCCCAGCCACUUUUGUACAGCACCUGCAAACACAUAACUUUAGCCUAUCCUAGAGUGUAUAAUUACCAUUCAUACAUGGGAAUCCCAUCGAUCCCAUAUAGAUAUAGGUGAAAAAGUAGAGUUGAUUUUAUCAAUGGAUUGGUAAAUCCUCUUUGGUUUUUGUUUUCUCCUAUCUUGGUGUGCAGAUGCCAUAUAGUAUAGAAUAAGCUUUGUUCAAGGUUUCUAGUUUCCUCAAAAGGAUGUACUAUUAAACUCAAGAUGAUUUGAGUUGGAAAUGAAAAAAAGGAGUCUGAUUUGUAUGCAAACAGAAUUUCCUACUUGUUUUUGUUCUCUUCCCAUUAAAUCAUGUGCAUUCUUUUAAUGUAGAAUUGCAAAUGAUGUUUGCUAUCAAGAGUCAAUUAAAACAGGCAAAUAAGGGUAAGAUUGUAUACAUGAUCCAAACCUUCAAACCCCAACUAGGUGAGGUAUUGGGAUAAUGAAAUGUUAUUAGUAUGUGUUACCUUCUCGGGUGAUCAGGUCAUCCAAAAAAUUACCAGUGAGGCUGUGACAAUUCAUCACAUAAUCACCCCAUAGGCCCACUCGUGUAGACACACCCACGGACACCCGUGGGCUCGGGCCCAAAACCCACAGGUAAUGAGCGUUGUAAUUGCAUAUACACUUAAUGAGGUUCACUAUUUCCCAAAAUCAUAUGGUAUUUGGAGGAUUACGCACCAAACACUAUAUACAAGUCUACAAGACCACAACUUAAUAUUUUCGCAAUGUGUAAUCUUCCUCAUGUUACGUAUUUCCAACGGAUGUUUGGUAUAUAUUAUCAAGGAGACAGAAAGAAAGAAAGAAAAGCAUAGUUUGGUGUACUUACAGUUACAGAUAAAGUUCAAAAGAACAUUGUAGCUCAAUGAAAGCUGCUCUUGUUGCUCCCACGUAUCUCCUUUUCUCAAUGAAAUUGCUGAAUUUUGAUAAUUUCUAGUGGGGAAGAAGAAGAAGGCGGGGAGGUGAAGAUUUGUUGAUUUAUGUAAUUGUGGAUUAAAGUUAAAAAUUUGUGGAGAAAAAAGUAAUUAUAACUAACCCAUAAAGCUUAAGGUAGGGGUAAAAAGUUGGAGGGAAAACUGUACAAAAUAAAGUGAACUCUUUGGAUGUGACUUUUCUCCCACCAACUUAAGAAAUUCAAAUUGUCAGCAUGUAUAAGGUUUUCAAUCAUACAGGCACAUAAAUUAAAGAGCAUUGAAUAUUAGUUUAUAGUAAUAAUAUAUCUAACUUUAAGGCUGUAAUCUGCCUAAAGUAUAAUACUUACGUUUACUUAAUUUAAAGAAUUAUUUGCGAAUUAUAAUAAACUAGCGUUUUACAAAUGCCUACAUAGCAUGUUAAAUUUGAUUCGAAUCUUAGGUAGAAAUUGUAUUAACGUUUGAGUAUAUCAUGCUCAAAUUUGCAAAUUGUAGCUAAUAUUGUAUAAGUAAUUCUAAUGUUGAAUUGUGUAAAGGAGCGUGAUAAAGUAUUAUAACAUA